UAAUUUUGACGUAAAAUUAUUCGGCGUGAUGGCCAUAAUACUAAAAGUCAAAUGUCGUGCUAGCUUUACUUCGAACAGUAAAAGAAGAAGACGAAGAGAUCACGUCCGAGCAGGGCUGCCAACCAACCAGACCAUGUCGUCUGAGGUGAUCGCUAAGAGUGGCUGGCUGCUCAGACAGACCACUGUGCUGAAGAGAUGGAAGCGGGAGUUCUUUGUCCUGUACGUUGACGGACAGCUGGCCCACUAUGAAGACGAGAGGAAAAUGGAGGUGAAGGGAAUGAUCAACAUGAGAAGAGAAUGUCUGGGUAUAAAGCUGGGUGGCAUGGUGAACGAUGUGACCGUGCCUGACGGGAGAUCACACGACGCGCUGCUCGCCAUCGUGACGCGUACCACUGCCAUGUUUGUGUGCGCCGACAAUGCAGAUGAUGCAGCCGUGUGGAAGUUUGCUCUGGAGGAGGCAAAAAUACAUGAGUCUAGACCCUCCAGUGCCCCACCCCCGUACACAGAGAUGGUAUAUGAUGACGGUAUGGGAGGACCUGUACCGCUCUAUAACCCACCUCCAUACGCCUACGCACAACCUGGGCAAGUCUAUCUCAUAGAGAACGGGCAAUACAUGUACACACAGCCCAACGGUCAGACGAUCAUCAUCGACGAUCGCCGGCGACACCGGAACCACGACGGUACUAACAUGGCGAUGGGGAUGCUGGCAGGCGCUGCUGUCGGGUCCCUCAUGUUCGCUCCCUUGUGUUGGUGGUGGUGAAGGGAGAACCAACCUGAUUGGCUCAUCACUAACCAUAUUUUACUCCUGAUUGGUUAAAGGGUCAUUGCCGUGAUUGGUUCAUUGUAAGGUUUGACAUGAUUGGUUGAUUGUGAGAGAAACAAGUACUGUAUGUCUCCUCACUGCUGAUUGGCGGAAACUCAUCUAUUUCAGCAGAGCCUUUAUAACAUGGUAUGUGAUUGGUUCACUGAAUAUGGAAGUCUAUAUACAUAAGCCCUAAAGUUAUAGAAUAUAUAAGAAAUCUGUAUCUGUACAUAUGAGGCUCUAUAUACCUGUAAUCUAUGAUAGAUAACUUAUAGAUAUAUGUCAAGUGCUUGCCAGAAGCUUUAUUUUCCUGCACAUUUAUUUCAAAACUUUCAUGUCUAAUGCUUUGGCCAACUUUUCUUUAUUUUCAGACUUUCCAAUGCUGUGUGUGGUGCAAUAAAAGCCAAAUUGCUCACUUCUUCUUGCUGCAUGCUGAAAGACACAAAGAGCUGGGCUGGUACUUUUUACUAAUGCUUUUGCAUGUGAACACUGCUGAAAACAGUGGGCUGUCUUUCCAUGAAAUGGGCUACAGUCUUCCACUUCCAUGCUCGAAAAAAACUUGUAACUUGAGCAAUGAAUUUAGGGCUGUUGAGGUAUUCACAUUAACAUUUUAAUGAGAAGUCACCAUAUUCUAUUAAAUACUUCAGUUACUGCAUUUUAGGUCAGCAUAAUACUACAUGUACCAGAUAGCAGCUGCAGUGAGCUACAAGGAAUAGGUAUACGUUACAUGUAUGUCUAAAGCACUUUUGUCACUGUCUAGGUUUCUCCUAUUUAAGGUACUCAGUCUCUACAGAGAACACUCAUGUAUAAUUGAAGUACUCAUGAUGAUAGACAGGACUGUUAAACAAUCAUGUUCAAAAAAGUUGCAGCUAAUUUUGUGUAUAAUACAUUGUGUACUUCUCUGCUAAACCUGGUACAUGUAUUUCAUUAAUAAAAAGCAUUAGAUUCUAGUAGCAAGGAAAUAUUAAACAUGCUAUGUCAAAUGUUAUAUAUAAGAAAUAAGAAUGGUACUGUAAGUAAUGUGAUCAAAGGGUUAUAUCUGUAAAUAGAUAAAGUGGUAACUUAUAUGUAUGUGGAAAUGGGUCAAGGGUAAUUUCAGAAUGGGGGUAAAAGCUCAAAAUUUGGAUUGUCUUCAAUGCUUACUUUGGAUUGUUUUGUAUCAUUCUGUAUAUAUAGUAUCAAAUGGUACAUUAUACAGAAAUACCUAUGUUUUUGUGGGAAUUCUUUGGAAAAUUGUA